AUGUUGUCAGCCACACCUGCCAUUGCUAAGUCUUACAAGCAGGUUGCUAACGAUGCUGAACGCAGGGAGGCGAACGAGAAGAACCAACAAGCAUGGGCGUCGGAAUAUCGUGGCAAGAUAAAUGAAUACCAUGGCACUAUCGACUCGUUCAUCAACGUUCUCGUACCUGCGAGCGAAGCAGUGUGCCCUCCGAUGGACUGCUCUGGGAAAUUCGACGACGUCCGUGAAGACUGCCUCGAGCCGUUAAUGUAUAACCCUCUAGUCAACGGGUUCCUCGCUCUCACCAAGGACUUCCCAGUGGCGAAAUCACUUAGGUUCCAUGAUAACAGCACCCACCUGAUCCCGUUCCCGUACAUGUCGUGGGACCUUCAUCAUCACCGCAUGAAACCCGACCUGAUCACCUCCUACCCGGGAACGACCACCUCGCUGAAGGACCCUCGUUGGAAAGAUGUUGCACUGGCGAUCGAAGUGAAGCCUAAAAGGAGCGAUGACCCCAUGAACGUGUGGGCUAAAGCUCGGGACGACACGAUGAGGCAGCUUGUCAAGAAUGGGCGGAAUCUCCUGGUGGGCCACAGUGGCCUGUUUGCGUUCGUGUUCGGAAUAUUCGGCCACCAGGCACGCAUCUUUCGGUUCGAUCACUCGUCGUGUAUUGUCUCACCUAGGUUCAACUACGUCGAGCAGCCCGAGCUGUUCCGGCAAUUCCUCUGGAAUUUCGUCAAUCCUCUCUGCGACACACGGAUUUCUGGCGACGACCCGACGGUAGAUACUAAGAUCACAAGGUCACACCUCCGAUGGGUGGAGGACGUACUGGAGCCAGAGGAUGUUCAAGGCUCCGAUACCGGCAUGCACCGGUGGAUUUCCGCAAAAGCUGUGACCAAGGAAGGUGAGACGGUGACGUUGGAAUUGCUGACGGUCAAGUUGCUCUUCAUCAAUCCUUGUCUGUUCUCUCGCUCGACGACAGUAUGGUCGGCAAUCGACAAGGACGAGAUCAAUGGCAAGCAGUACAUUAUCAAGGACUCGUGGCGGCAGGGACUUCGAGAGUCAGAAAUGACAUACUAUUCCCAUAUAAUGAAGACGUUGCGGGAUCGAAACGAGGAACCGUUCGGAUUGGCUGUACUGCGGGCUGGAGCGGACCUCGGUGACCUGGAGGAUAAGGAACGAAUGAAGCCAAAUGAUCAAAUCCGCGCACCCCUCGUGCCCGGGAAUCCGCCUUCUGAUCUUCCCGAUCCGUCCAGCACGCCGCUUGUUCCGUCAUCCAUCUCGAUGGGUGCGGAUGAUGCGGACCCUUUGUCCUCCCCUUUGUCAUCGCCGCCUCGGACGCAAACAUCGAUGGCAGCUCCGGACGAGCAGGAUCCAUUUAACCCAGUGGUAUCUCCACCUCCUCCCGCUUUCUUUGACUGCGCGAAUCAGGAAGGGCACCGAACCCUGUCUGCAUUUAUCCGUAGUCCCAAGCAUGCAGAGGACAACGAUCGCCGGCAUAUGCGAUUGAUUAUGGAGACGCUAGGCAUACCUCUGUCAGAUUUUCGUCGGACGAAACGGAUGGUCGAGGCGUUGUGCGACGCGAUCAAAGGUCAUCAACAGGCGUACAGCACUGGCGUGUUACAUCGUGACGUGAGCGAAGGGAACGUCUAUAUGAUUGACGGGAAGCCGUACAAGGGAUUUCUCGGUGACUUCGAUUACAGUAGUUUCAUGCCGGGCGUCCUGGGUGCUCACGACGACUCGACGAGACCCGAUGCGGAUGAGAACAAUGGUCUGAAAGAACGAACAGGAACGUACGCUUUCAUGGCCAUUGAACUAUUAGCUCGGAGGGGUGUCAUCCAUGGUGCACAUCAUGACUUGGAAUCCUUUUACUGGCUCCUCAUCUGGCUAGUCCUCCGACACACUACGCACGAUGAUCCAGAAGGCGCGAAUCAGUGUUCACUGCUGUUCUUUCAUGACAAUGACUUGAUUUGUGCCUCCCUGAAGCGUGCGUGGCUGUGCAGAGAAGAAUACCUCGGUGUUCCGGGGAAUGUACCGGUGACGUGGCUACUGCGGGAGCUCACGAAAUUGUGCCACCGCGGUCAGUCGACGUCGGAGAGACCGGCUGUGCUGCUCACAUAUGACGCUGUGUUGGAGAAGCUCGAAAUGGCGCUGAAAAUGGACGGCUGGCCAGAGAACGAUGGCGCGAUCCCGUUCAAGCCCUAUGUGGAACCUCAGGAGGAGGGCCAUGCCGACCCGACGAAUGCAACUAUCACGGCAGCGAUCAGUGCAUCGAAUCAGACGGCCAAGAGCAAGAAGGCUAGGAGUCAAAAGGCCUCAGUCAGAUUUCCCGACAAUGUGAUGGCCGGCAGUUCGAAACGGAAGCGAGAGCCAGAACCACACGAUAAUGUUGAUGAAAACGGCGUCCGGACGUCAAAGCGUAUCAAGGAGUUGAGCCUCAAGCGGUCGCGGUCCAAGCGGUCGUGA